UCUCAAAACAAAGCUCUGCAAAAUUCUCUUUUAAGCAAUUUGUUUUUUCCUUGGCAAAUUUUUUCUUUCUGCAAGUUAAUAGUUUGGAAGAAUGGCUGGAAAAGGUGAAGGACCUGCCAUUGGUAUAGAUUUGGAUACAACUUAUUCAUGUGUUGGAGUAUGGCAACAUGAUAGAGUUGAGAUUAUUGCUAAUGAUCAAGGGAAUAGAACAACACCUUCCUAUGUCGCUUUUACUGAUACAGAACGUUUGAUCGGUGAUGCUGCUAAGAAUUAGGUUGCCAUGAACCCUGUCAACACCGUCUUUGAUGCCAAGCGUUUGAUCGGACGAAAGAUUUCUGAUCCAUCAGUUCAAGCUGACAUGAAGUUGUGGCCUUACAAGGUUACAGCUGGAGCAGGUGAAAAGCCCAUGAUUUCUGUAACUUACAAAGGCGAAGAGAAGCACUUUUCUGCUGAAGAGAUAUCAUCUAUGGUUCUUGUCAAGAUGCGCGAGAUUGCAGAAGCUUUUCUUGGGUCUUCUGUGAAGAAUGCUGUUGUUACUGUCCCUGCAUACUUCAAUGAUUCACAGCGUCAAGCCACGAAGGAUGCUGGUGUUAUUGCUGGUCUCAAUGUGCUACGAAUUAUCAAUGAACCAACAGCCGCUGCAAUUGCUUAUGGUCUUGAUAAGAAAUCGUCGAGCACCAGGGAGAAGAAUGUCCUAAUUUUCGAUCUUGGUGGUGGUACAUUUGAUGUUUCUUUACUGACUAUUGAAGAGGGUAUUUUUGAAGUGAAGGCAACAGCUGGAGAUACUCAUCUUGGAGGAGAGGAUUUUGAUAACAGGAUGGUGAAUCACUUUGUGCAAGAGUUUAAGAGGAAGAACAAGAAGGAUAUUAGUGGAAAUCCUAGGGCUCUAAGAAGGUUGAGGACAGCUUGUGAGAGAGCAAAGAGGACUCUUUCGUCCACUGCACAGACUACAAUUGAAGUCGAUUCUCUCUAUGAGGGUGUUGAUUUCUACACUUCCCUUACUCGUGCUAGAUUCGAAGAGAUGAACAUGGAUCUAUUCAGGAAGUGUAUGGAGCCAGUUGAGAAGUGCUUGAGGGAUGCUAAGAUGGACAAGAGCAGCGUUCAUGAUGUCGUUCUGGUUGGUGGAUCAACUAGAAUUCCCAAAGUGCAGCAAUUGUUGCAGGAGUUCUUUAAUGGGAAAGAACUCUGCAAGAGCAUUAAUCCUGAUGAAGCCGUGGCUUAUGGAGCAGCUGUGCAGGCUGCCAUCUUGACUGGUGCUGGUGAGGGUAAUGAGAACUUGUCUUCAUUGUUGCUGUUGGAUGUUGCUCCUCUCUCCCUUGGGCUCGAGACUGCUGGAGGGGUUAUGACUACUUUGAUCCCAAGAAACACCACUAUUCCCACCAAGAAGGAGCAAGUUUUCUCUACCUACUCAGACAACCAGCCUGGAGUCUUAAUUCAGGUGUUUGAAGGCGAGAGGGCAAGGACCAGGGAUAACAACUUGCUUGGAAAGUUCGAGUUGUCUGGAAUUCCCCCUGCGCCCCGUGGUGUUCCUCAGAUCACAGUUUGCUUUGACAUUGAUGCAAAUGGUAUUCUGAAUGUAUCUGCUGAGGAUAAGACUACAGGGAAGAAGAACAAAAUUACAAUCACAAAUGAUAAAGGAAGGUUGUCCAAGGAGGAAAUUGAGAAGAUGGUGCAAGAGGCUGAGAGGUACAAGACAGAGGAUGAAGAACACAAGAAGAAAAUUGAAUCGAAAAAUGGUUUGGAGAAUUAUGCUUACAAUAUGAGGAACACCAUCAAGGACGAGAAGAUUGCUGGGAAGUUGGAUCCAGCUGACAAGAAGAAGAUUGAGGAUGCCAUUGAAGCUGCUAUCCAGUGGCUCGACUCCAACCAGCUUGCAGAGGCUGAUGAAUUUGAUGAUAAGAUGAAAGAGUUGGAGAGUCUGUGCAACCCAAUCAUUGCUAAGAUGUAUCAAGGUGGUGGUGCUGGAGCUGACAUGGGUGCCUUUGGUGGCAUGGAUGAGGAUGGCCCUUCAAUGGGUGGUGCUGGUGCAGGACCUAAGAUUGAGGAAGUUGAUUAAGUUGGGAGGGAUAUGAGUGACUGCUUGGGGUUCUGAUAUGGGAGGGGAUUCAUUCUGUUCGGUUCGGUUCAGUUUAGUUUAGUUCUUUAAGUUUUUAUUUUUCCUCUAACAAUCAAUAUUUAUUGAUGGCCUGUUGGGCCUAUUUCCGCGGAUAUAGAUAUAUAUAUAGUACUGUGGUGAUUCUCAUGCGCCCCAACUUUAAACUCUAGAGUCACAUAGUUCCAACUCCUUUUGCUUCUACCUAGGUGCUAGACACAGCGUGCUCGCAGUUCACAUUUUUAAGCCUGCCGGGAUGCAUUCCUCCUCUUUUUGUUCUUUUCAUUUUGACUUACAAAAAAACAAAGGCCUUUUGUAUUUUAUUUUUUUAUAAACUUUCUUCUACUUUUUCUUUCUCUCGUUUUCAUAUGUGCACAUUCCAUUGUGUAGCUAGUUAGUGUAUACAGUGUAAGUUUCAAAAUGGUCCCAAGUUGACCAAAAACAAUGAUUAAAGUAGCCAUCACACACACUAUCUCAUUUUGGUCAUUGAGCAAUGCACACCACCUAUAAACCCACUACCACUAUUACUUACUUUAUAAUCAUUUUCCUACAAGACAUCAUGUGAGACUAAGAUUGUGACCUUUU